CCUGCUCACCAGGUAUGGCUGGGACCCCAACUUAGAGCACCGCAAGGAAGAGGAUCUCAACAACUUAAUGGAGAAGCUGAUGAUGGAGAACUUGUAUGGCCCCCCCAAAGCUGAGGAGAUAGCAGACUCGGACGACGAGCUCUGCUAUUACUACGACAACGAUGGGGAGUAUGACGAGGAGGAGGAGGAGGAGGAGAAGUGGGACGAUUCCAACAAGGAAUACGAUGCAAAGACUGACGAGGACUCAGUCCCUGGCACCUUCUGUGGCUUCAGGAAAUCCUUCCUGUGCAAGGACACCUCACCAGCUCCCCUGCCCCAGAGCUCGCUGGACUAUCAACUGCUGGACCUGAAACUGCCCCAGAGGCAGCGGGUGACUGCAGAGGAAGCGGAGAAGAACGCCAAGGAGCUGGUAGCUGAGGAGGAGCGAGUUAAAAGGAAAGCAGAGAAGAAAAGACUUAAGAAGAAGAGGCAGAAAGACCGGAAGAGGCAAGAAAAACUAGAACAAGAAUUGAAGCCCAAGCCCGAGAUGAAGUUGAAUGAACCUUGUCUGAAUGGUGACGCGGAGGAGGAAGGCGCCAUGACAUCGUUGCGGAAGGGGCCCCUGGACUCCAGCCCCUCCCGGAGAGAUCCCAGCGAGCCCCCAGCUCCUAGGAGAGGGGAGGGAGCCAGGGCCCAGGUCAGGAGUGCAGACAUGAGCACCGAGGAGGAGACGGAGGAUGAGCUGGACUUGAGCAGCACCUUUGUCUCCAAAGCUCAGCGUAAGGUGGGGGUGAAGCCGCUGGCGCCCAGGAAGGAGAAGGCGCCCAGAGCUGAGCCCAAGGAGCCGGAGAGGAAGCCCCAGCAGGAGGUGCCGAGGCCUGGGCAGGAUGUGAGCGGAGUGGAUCCCAGCACAGUGCUAGCAGGCUAUGGGUACGAGGCGGCGGCGCGGGGCUGCUUCCAGAAGGCUGUGCUCUUCUUCACUGAGGCUGUCAAACUCAACCCUCGGGAGCACAGGCUCUUCGGGAACCGCUCGUACUGCUAUGAGAGGAUGCAGCAGUACGACAAGGCCCUGAGUGACGCCCACGUGGCCUUGAGCCUCCUGCCCGGCUGGCCCAAAGGCUUUUUCCGCAAGGGCAAGGCCCUCAUGGGGCUGCAGCGCUAUGCCGAGGCCGAAAGCACCUUCCUGGAGCUGCUGCGGCUGGACAGGUCCCAUGCCGACGCAGCCGCCCAGCUGGAAGUGUGCCAGGUGCAGCUCAUCCUGGGGAACGGCUUCAGCAGCUUUAGCGGUGAGAGGAGCCUGCCCAUGGAGCCGUCGCUGGGAGCCACGGAGUCUCAGCUGGCGGGGUCUGGUGAGUGGGCCAGGAGCUGGUCCCCGGGCAGCAGUGGCUGCGCCGAGGGGGACGAGGAUGGGGAGAGCGGGUUUGUGACCAUCACUAACUCACGGAGCCGAGGGAAAGGCCCAGCCCAGCAGGGGCUCCGGGCCAGCGGCGGGGAGACCCCAGCUAGCACCAGACACCCCGUAGCCACUGCGCAUCAGGCCAGGGAGUGGUACGCUGUGUGGGUUGGGAACGUCACCCCCAGGAUCACCCAGAAGUUGCUGCGCAGCUGUUUUGAGGGGUUUGGGCCCAUCCACUCGGUGCGGAUGCUCCCGGAGAAGUACUGCGCCUUCAUCAACUACACCAAGAAGGAGGCGGCGGAGGCGGCCUACGCAGCCCUGCAGGGAGCUGAAGUGGAAGGAACCAAGUUUGUGCUGCAGCUGAAGCACCCUGACCAUGCAACCCCGGCCCCUGGUCGGGCUGGCCCUGGCAACGCCCCGCGGCCCGUGGGGAGGGAGCCGGUGCGAGUGCCCCCCACCCUGGAGUGCCAUUUCUGGCGGAACGCCGGCUGCAGCUACGGGGCCGACUGCCGUUUCCGCCACCUGCCCCAGAGCAAGGGGCUGGACAAGAAGCUGGCUCAGCACUAG